UUAAGUGAUCCUCCUGCCUCGGCCUCCCAGAGUGCUAGGAUUACAGGCAUGAGCCACCAUGCUGGGCAAAAUGUUCUCUUUUGAAAAGGAAGGUUCUCGUUCGUGCUUCUCCAAAUGUGUUAGCAGUGGGUAUGUGUGGUUAAUGGUGGGAACACUCAGGGCAGGGUGAUGUGCUCCAGGUGAGUGUUCCUGUUGGGGGCAUGAGACAGCAAUAGGGAGAGAGGUUCUAGAAUACUCCUUUGCCAAAUGCCCCCAGGAGCAAAUCAGAGCCAGCCAAGAAAUAGAAGCCAUUAGUGUUUCUCUUACCCAAUCAUCUCUUUAACCAAAGGCACCCAAAAAGAAAGGGAAGAAAGGCAAAGCCAAAAGCACCCCGAUUGUUGAUGGGCUGGCUCCAGAGGACAUGACCAAGGAGCAGUUUAAGAUAAGAAAUAAAUAUGAAGGAGACUAAAAGAGUCACAUGAGCUGAAGUUGGAGCUGGUCACAGUUCUUUGAACAGUGGUAAAGAAUGGCUUUAUUUUACACACAGGAAAACCACUGACAGUUCAAGCCAUGGUUAAGCAGUUCCCAUCCUAUGAAGACAGAACUUUGACAUUGCAGUGGCCAUAAGAUGUGCACAGUCCACAGGGUGGGGCCUCACCAUUUCACUGGGCACCUCUGAGCCACAGACUCUGAAGCCUUCAGGGUGCAGGCAGGAAGGUGGAGGAACAUGUCGGCCGCAUCCGGGAGGAGCUGGACCGUGAGCGGGAGGAGCGCAACUACUUCCAGCUGGAGCGGGACAAGAUCCAUACCUUCUGGGAGAUCACACGGAGGCAGCUGGAAGAGAAGAAGGCCGAGCUGCGGAACAAAGACCGGGAGAUGGAGGAGGCUGAGGAGAGGCACCAGGUGGAGAUUAAGGUAUACAAGCAGAAGGUGAAGCACCUGCUGUAUGAGCACCAGAACAACCUGACAGAGAUGAAGACUGAGGGUACCGUGGUCAUGAAGCUGGCACAGAAGGAGCACCGCACGCAGGAGGGCAUGCUGCGCAGGGACAUGCGGGCGCUGAAGGUGGAGUUGAAGGAGCAGGAGCUGGCCAGCGAGGUGGUGGUGAAGAACCUGCGGCUGAAGCACACCGAGGAGAUCACCAAGCUGCGGAACGACUUUGAGAGGCAAGUGCGAGAAAUUGAGGCCAAGUAUGACAAGAAGAUGAAGAUGCUCAGGGACGAGCUAGACCUGCGGAGGAAGACCGAGAUCCACGAGGUGGAGGAGAGGAAGAACUGCCAGAUCAACACGCUGAUGCAGCGCCACGAGGACGCCUUCACCGACAUCAAGAACUACUACAACGACAUCACCCUCAACAACCUGGCCCUCAUCAACUCCCUCAAGGAGCAGAUGGAGGACAUGCGGAAGAAGGAAGACCGCCUGGAGCGGGAGAUGGCAGAGGUGUCCAUGCAGAACAAGCGCCUGGCGGAGCCUCUCCAGAAGGCUCGGGAGGAGAUGAACGAGAUGCAGAAGCAGCUUAUGAACUACGAGAGAGACAAGCAGAUCCUGGUCCGCACGAAAGCACGUUUGAAAGUUGCCGAGAAGGAGCUGAAAGACCUGCAGUGGGAGCACGAGGUGCUGGAGCAGCGGUUCCUCAGGGUGCAGCAGGAACGGGAUGACCUCUACCGGAAGUUCACCUCAGCCAUCCAGGAGGUGCAGCAGAAGACGGGCUUCAAGAACCUGGUGCUGGAGCGCAAGUUGCAGGCGCUGAGUGCCGCCGUGGAGAAGAGGGAGGUGCAGUUCAACGAGGUGCUGGCGGCUUCCAACCUGGACCCCUCAGCCCUGACGCUGGUGUCCCGCAAGCUCGAGGACGUGCUGGAGUCGAAGAACAGCACCAUCAAGGACCUGCAGUAUGAGCUGGCCCGGGUCUGCAAGGCCCACAACGACCUGCUGCGCACGUACGAGGCGAAGCUGCUGGCCUUCGGGGUCCCCCUGGACAAUGUGGGCUUCAAGCCCUUGGAGACAGCCGUGGUCGGGCAGACGCUGGGCCAGGGCCCUGCGGGACUCGUGGGCACCCCCACGUAGCCCCCUGCCCAGGGGCUGAGGCCUGCAGAGCCAGCCGGGACCACCCUCCCCAUGAGACCCGCUUCAUACACCAAGGACAGCAAGUUUAUGUUUCUUAGAUUCUGUCGUCAGCAAAUGAAGGCUUUUCACGUUU